AAAAAUGAAGAGGGAAAGUGUGGACCAUCAGGAGAUAAUGAAGAGAUGGCCAGUGUAUCAACUGACAGAAAACAGGCCUCAGUAACCUCUCAGAAGCUGGGCCUUGGAGCUAAGCUGGGUGAAGUAGUCACCACCUGGAAUCUAGUUGCCACUGUUCUGGCUGCUGCCUGUGGGUACCAUGCACAGAGAGGAUGUGACACUCUCAAUUUCAAAAUGUAAAACUUUGAAGGAAAUGGAAUUAACUUAAACUUUUGGGAUAGACUGUUACUACCACAACUGAAAUGCCCAAAUAGAGUGGAUACCUGUGUAGUCAACUCUGCAGUUUAUGUUGUUUAUGAGUUGAUGGAAAAGCUGAAGCAGCUGUGGUCUGGAAAUAGAAUAUAUAUUAGCCUCCAUGCUAGUAGUUUGAUUUUUCAGCUUUGCUGCCUGUUACAAACAUGGUGCCUUGUGGAUGCCAGGACAGAAGUCUGUUGAAGUGAAUACUGUGGUGAUCCUGUGGUUCAACUACACCCAUGUGGUCAUACCUCAUUUAUCUUACACAGUGAUCAUCCUCCUCAAGUCCUAGAUUCUGUGGUACCCACUGAAAACAUUGAUUUAUAUGAAGUGGAGAAUUAAGAGUGGUUCACACCAGAAUGGCUGAUUGUUGAGCAUCUCACUGAAGAUAAGUACAGAAAACAGGCAGCUAGUGCUCUGGAAGACCUGUGCUAGGCCUUCUGCUGACCUGACCCCAACCUGGCUGGCCAUCUCCAAACUCAAGGCUCCUAAAAACUUUUCAGACUUUGUUCUUGCAGCAGGAAAGCUACUUGUUGCCUAGGAAGUCAGUCUGCAUGAAGAGCAAUAUGGCCAGCAGUUUUGUUUUUGUUCGGUACAUGUUUAUAUUUUUGUGGUGAAGAAAACUGGUCUUGUGGUCGUGAAAAACAUGAAAAUUGUUGGUCUCCAUUGUUCUAGUGAAGAGUUACAUGCUGGGCAAAUUGCACUUAUUAAACAUGGGUCAAGGCUGAAAAACUGUGAUCUUUAUUUUUCCAGAAAACCAUGUUCUGCUUGUUUGAAAAUGAUUGUAAAUGCUGGAGUUAACCGAAUUUCAUACUGGCCUGCUGAUCCAGAAAUAAGCUUGCUUACUGAGGGUUCUAGUUCUGAAGAUGCAAAAUUAGAUGCCAAAGCAGUAGAGAGAUUGAAGUCAAACAGCCGGGCCCAUGUGUGUGUCUUACUCCAGCCUUUGGUGUGUGAUAUGGUGCAGUUUGUAGAGGAGACUUCUUAUAAAUGUGACUUUAUUCAAAAAAUUACAAAAACAGUGCCAGAUGCUAACACUGACUUUUAUUCUGAAUGCAAACAAGAAAGAAUAAAAGAAUAUGAAGUGGUAUUUUUGGUUUCAAAUGAAGAAAUGCAUAAGCAAAUACUGAUGACAAUAGGUCUGGAGAACCUGUGUGAAAAUCCAUACUUUAGCAAUUUAAGGGAAAAUAUGAAAGACGUUAUCCUACUUUUGGCCACAGUAGCCUCCAGUGUGCCCAGCUUUAAACACUUCGGAUUCUACUGUAGCAAUCCAGAACAGAUUAAUGAAAUUCACAAUCAAAGUUUGCCACAAGAAAUUGCAAGGCACUGCAUGGUUCAGGCCAGGUUAUUGGCUUAUCGAACUGAGGAUCAUAAAACAGGAGUUGGAGCAGUCAUUUGGGCAGAAGGGAAAUCUAGAAGUUGUGAUGGAACCGGUGCUAUGUACUUCAUAGGAUGUGGCUACAAUGCCUUUCCUGUCGGAUCUGAGUAUGCGGACUUCCCUCAUAUGGAUGAUAAGCAGAAAGACAGAGAAAUAAGGAAGUUCAGAUACAUUGUACAUGCAGAACAGAAUGCCUUGACAUUUAGAUGUCAAGAAAUAAAGCCAGAAGAAAGAAGUAUGAUUUUUGUGACCAAGUGCCCAUGUGAUGAAUGUGUACCUUUAAUUAAAGGUGCAGGCAUAAAGCAAAUCUAUGCAGGGGAUGUAGAUGUUGGAAAAAAGAAAGCAGACAUCUCUUACAUGAGGUUUGGUGAACUUGAAGGUGUUGGCAAGUUUACAUGGCAGCUGAAUCCAUCUGAAGUUUAUGGUUUUGAAAAAAAUGAUCCUGAAAGGAGAGACAAUGGUGUGUUGAGAGCCACGCCUGCGAGUGAAGAGCAGCACUGCAGCAAGAAGCUGCGCCUGGAAAAGCACCCCGAGGGCCUGUCCAUGCUGCAGUGACAGCCUUGGGAACUGUCACUGCGCUCCUGCCCUGCAGCCCCGUGGCCAAGAAAAUGAAAGAUUUUGUGAAUCACUGAAAGGUUUUUUAGGAUAUGUUAUUGAGAAUAUUUUAACUUUACAUUUAUUUAUAUAUUUUCUAGAGUAUGGCAAUGUAUUCCUUUAUUAUACUAAAUGAGAGAGCAGUAACGUAAGGAGACCCAGCUUCUUACUAGCAGAGACAGAUUUCUGUUUAUCUUGAAUUUAUACAGAAGUUUUAAAAGGGGUGGGUUCACUGGAGGUCACACCAAAAGAUGGAAUUAUAGAUCUUUUGAGAAUUAUUAAUUUCUUUGGAUUACAAGAGUGACAAUUAGUAAAUUGCUCCAGGAAACAAAAGGCAAACUGAUCAUAUUUUUAGAGUCCAUAUAUAGCUAACCAAAAGAUCACAUUUGUAUCCAGAUCUUCCUGGUAAUCAGAAUUUACUUAAUUAAGACUGACUAAUAAAGUUGGUGGACCUGGUCUCCAUUUUAAUAGUAUUUUUUUCAAAUGCUAAUAUCUUGGGCUGGGGUAAAUUAGUAGAGUGCUUGCCAAUAUGUGCGAGGCCCUGCAUUCAAAUCCCAGAACCACAAAAAUAAAAUAAA